AUGUCGGCCGAGAUGCCUGCCGGAGCCUUCACCCCAGGCACGGCCCCGCAGCAACACCCGGCGCUGUAUCCCCAUCCCCAUCCCCAUCCCCAAACCCAGUUCCAACCAUUAGACCCGGCUUCUAUCAAGCUGACCCGCGGGACAAGCUGCGUCCUCUGCCAGCAACGCAAAGUCCGCUGCGACAAGAACAAGCCCUGUGCCAACUGUGUCAAGGCCAAUGUCGAGUGCCGCGUCGUUCCCCCACAGCCGCCUCGCCGUCGCAAGAAACGCCUCCAGGAGAAGGACUUAAUUGACCGUCUCAAGAAGUAUGAGAGUCUCCUGGCUGAGCAUGGCGUCAAGGUCGACGCCAUCGGCCACGACUUGCGACCAGACGAUCCCCCAGUCGACGAUGUCGACGAGCUUGAGAACGACUUUGAUGGUCUCAAGACAUCUCCUGAGGCGAGCACAUCUCCUGCAGCCUCCCAGCCUGAAAAUAUCGGAGGUAAAUGGUUUUCGUUACACAGAGAGUUCCGUGCCAGUGAAAAGAUGCUCCAAGACUCAUCAGACGAGGAGGUUGAGGUCCCUACCAUUCACCGCGCAUUUGACCGGAUGUUUGCAACUGAUGGCUUUCCCUUCAUCAUCGGCGGACAGCCCGGUCCCCUAGCUCAGUACCAUCCUAGCCCUAUCCACAUCUUUCAGCUCUGGCAAAUCUACAUCGACAACAUCAACCCUUUACUCAAGAUAACCCACGUUCCUACUGUUCAAGCACAGAUCAUUGAGGCUAGCUCCAACAUAGAAAAUGCUCCGAAGAGCAUCGAGGCUCUCAUGUUCUCUAUCUACCUCAUGGCCAUCACCUCUCUGGAAGAUGACGAUGUCCAGAGAAUGUUCAAUGAGCCCAAACAGGAACUGUUGGGGAGAUAUCAUACUGCGACUCAGCAAGCCGUCACUAACGCCGGUUUUAUGCGUAAUAAUGACCCCAUCCUGCUGCAGGCUUACCUCCUCUAUCUUUUUGCAGUUCGUUGGUUUGUCGACCCACGACAAGUCUUCUGCCUCAUUGGCAUUGCAGUUCGCGUCGCCCAACGAAUGGGUCUUCAUCAGGAUCCGGGACAGUUUGGACUGCCCCCUUUCGAGGUUGAACAACGCCGCCGUUUGUGGUGGACCCUUGUAGGCUACGACCGCCGCAUAGGAGAGAUGACUGGAUCAACAGUUACUGCUCUCUCCAGUGGCGGUGACUGCAAGAUUCCUCUCAAUGUCAACGACUCAGACCUCCAUAUCGACGGCAAGGAGUUCCCCACCUCUCACACUGGCCCAACUGAGAUGCUCUUCUCUCUGACCCGCAUCGAGCUCGCCAUGGCCGUGGCCAGCGACAGCAACCGCGACAGCCAAAAGAUGAACAACCCCGACAAGAGCCCCGUAGGUACGCCCAAUUCUCGCCCUGCCGCCCCGACAAUCCGGCUUGCCGGCCAAGACGGACCCUCAUAUACCCUUGACGGUUUCUGCGCGCACAUAGAAGGCACCUAUCUUACCCAAUGCGACCCCAAGAUCCCAUUGCAUUUCUUCACACUCACUAUGACCCGCCAAGCCCUCUGCAAGAUGCGCAUCAUCAACUUCCUCGUCCGCAUGCACAACAACGACUCCAUCCCACUGAAGGAAAUCGAACGCGAGAACCUCAGCCUCCAGGCGAUCCAGAUGAUUGAGUACGACAACGUCGUCCAGUCUUCUGAGUCCCUGCGCCCCUUUCGGUGGUAUUCAAUGCACCACUUCCCUUUCCCGGCUUACAUGUUCCUCGUCCAGGAGCUGCGCCAACGUGUCUCAGGUCCUAUGGUUGAGCGCGCAUGGGAAGCCAUCGCUAGGAACCAUAGCCUUCGGAAACUGCUCAAUAACUACCAUAGCCCCAUGCACAUUGCCUUUGGCGGUCACUUCAUCAAGGCGUGGGACGCCCAUGAGGCCGCCCUCAUUAGCGCCGGCAAACCAGUUAACCGCCCGAACUUCCUCGCCGCGUUGCGUGAGCGUGCCGAAACCCGCCGGCGGGCCCGCGCCGAGAACCUCCCGGACCCGGGUCUCUCGCAGCCCAAGGUCGGCGUCCCGCGCUCCUCAGCUGCGAGCGCGCCUGGUUCUAUGAUGACGCCUCCUACCGACCCGUCGAUAGGCAGCAGCCGCGUCAACACAGGCUCUGCCGCUUCUGAUAAUGACUCGGGCGAGAUGGAUUGGUCCUACCUCAUGUCCGGGUACAACGACUCGAACAACUUCCCACCGAUGGGUGGUUUCGGCUCCUUUGGCGGCGUCGGCGGCGGCAUGGGUGGCCCCAUGGGCGGUCCCAUGGGAGGUGGUAUGGGCGGCCCCAUGGGAGGUAUGGGCGGCAUGGGAAGCCCCCCCGGAGGCAAUAUGUUUGGUAAUUGA